GCAGCAGCAGCAGCAGCAGCGUCGCCCUCGCCGCCUGCGCCGCCGUCCCCGCCGCAGCCUGAGGGGCGCUGAGGAGAGCGAGCGAGUGAUUUUUGGAAGAGGCGCGGAGAAGAGCCCCGGGGAAACCGCCGGCCCCGCCCGCAGGCUCACGCCAUGGUGCGGGCCCCCCCCCGUCCCUGAGGAGAGGCGAAGCGGGGGGCGGCAGGGGACGGCGGCGGCGCGGUUGCUAAGUCUGAACGACGAGAGGCAAACAUGGCCCAAGCGCCCACUGAUCCAAGUAAUGUGGAAACUGCUGACCUAGAGGAGAGUUCUCCAAAUAUGAUAGUCUACAGAAAGAUUGAAGACAUCAUUACGAGAAUGCAGGAUGACAAAACAGGUGGAGUUCCCAUCCGCACUGUCAAGAGCUUUCUGUCCAAAAUCCCCAGCGUCGUCACCGGUGCUGAUAUUGUGCAGUGGCUUAUGAAGAACCUCAGCAUUGAGGAUCCAGGGGAAGCAAUACACUUGGGAAGUCUUAUUGCUGCACAGGGUUAUGUCUUUCCAAUCUCAGACCACGUCCUUACCCUGAAAGAUGAUGGGACAUUCUAUCGUUUUCAGGCACCAUACUUUUGGCCUUCAAACUGCUGGGAACCAGAAAACACAGAUUACGCCAUCUAUCUUUGCAAACGGACCAUGCAGAACAAAGCUAGGCUGGAGUUGGCGGAUUAUGAAGCCGAAAACUUAGCAAGACUUCAGAGAGCAUUUGCAAGAAAGUGGGAAUUCAUCUUCAUGCAAGCUGAGGCCCAAGUGAAAAUUGACAGGAAAAAGGAUAAAACAGAAAGAAAGAUUUUGGACAGCCAGGAAAGAGCAUUCUGGGAUGUGCACAGGCCCGUGCCAGGCUGUGUGAACACCACAGAAAUGGACAUUAGAAAGUGUCGUCGUAUGAAAAACCCACAGAAGGUGAAAAAGUCAGUAUAUGGGGUUACAGAGGAGUCUCAGCCCCAAAGCCCCGUACACGUACCCUCCCAACCUGUACGCAAAACUACAAAAGAGGAUUUCCGGAAACAAAUAACUUUUCUGAACGUGCAGAUAGAGAGGCAUUGUUUAAAGAUGUCUAAAGUAGCAGAAAGUUUAAUAGCCUACACAGAGCAGUAUGUGGAAUAUGACCCCUUUAUAACUCCCGCUGAGCCUUCCAAUCCCUGGAUAAGUGAUGACACAGCGUUGUGGGACAUUGAAAUGAGCAAAGAACCUAGUCAGCAGCGUGUGAAAAGAUGGGGUUUCUCCAUGGAUGAGGUGCUGAAAGACCCAGUAGGACGGGACCAGUUCCUUCGUUUCCUGGAAUCAGAAUUCAGUUCAGAAAACCUCAGGUUUUGGUUGGCUGUCCAAGAUCUCAAGAAACAACCUCUACAGGAUGUAACCACCAGAGUGGAAGAAAUCUGGCAAGAGUUUCUAGCUCCUGGGGCCCAAAGUGCUAUCAACCUGGAUUCCCACAGCUAUGAGAAAACAAGCCAAAAUGUCAAAGACCCAGGGAGAUAUACAUAUGAAGAUGCACAGGAGCACAUUUACAAGCUGAUGAAGAGUGACAGCUAUGCGCGCUUCCUCCGUUCGAAUGCUUACCAGGACUUAUUGCUGGCGAAGAAGAAGCCAGAGAAUGAGCAAGGUCGUAGAACUUCUCUAGAAAAGUUCACUCGCAGCGUGGGAAAGUCUCUGGCGAGCAAGCGCCUCACGGGCCUGAUGCAGUCCUCCUGACGGCUUCAGCCGACCGCCCCGUGGGAGAGACACCUGGGACUGCUGCUGGGGAUGGGGCAUUUCGGGGAGAGUGGGUCCCUGCGGGGGAGAGAGCCUGAACGAGCACAAGCGGAGAGCCACGCACCAGGGGAGCACCUCUCUUCACAGUUUACAUCAACACUUUCCUACCUGCACAGCUUUGUAAGGACGCAGAGCUCCGCGCGGGUUCUUUGUUUCCAACCGGGGUUUGGAGGAGCACGCUUCACCAUAUGCAGAAGGUCAACGAGGCAAGGGCUUGCUGUCUUGUUAUUUAAUAAAACAGACCCAACUGCAACUUAGAGAAAGAAGAGCUGAGAGACGUCAGUAUUUUUCCUUCAUCUCUUCUCUCCCUGGCACAAACAUGGCUGUAAUAGAUGGCACUGCAAUCUCACUUGCUCCCUUUCUUGUGGCCGUCUGAAUCUAAUUAAAUAUCUGCUGGAAGCUGCUUCUCCUUCUCACAAAAUCUCAAAUGCAUUUCUCCUGCAGAUUCAUUGACUUUAACUUUGUUUUUCUUUCCUAUGUCUCUCCUCCUCUAAAGCAAUGGGAAAAAAAGGCACUAUUGAAGUUCAUCACUCACCAUCCUUCCAAUAGCAUGUAGCAUGUCCAGAGAUGAUGGCCAGAUCCUCAGCUGAAGUCAGGAGAGCAUGAGUGGUUUUCAUCACCUGAGGAUCUGCCCCAUUGAGUCAGACUCUGAUCCUGGUGCAAAUCCUCUGAUGUCGGCGGAAUCGCUCUGCAUGUGUGUGUAGUGCAAAUGUGAUCAGACUCUGCCUGAUGCUCAAAAAGUCAUGUUUUAGAUGUGUAACGCACACACAAACACACACAUACAUGCGCGGUAUUUAAAAGUGAGUUGUUUUAUAUUGUAUUUGAUUUUCUAUUUAUUUAAGGUUUUGCAUACUUACUCAAUGAUGGAUGUUCAAGCUUUACUCCAAGUAGAUAGAAUUGGACUCCGACUCCAAUCACAGAGGGCCAAAAUCUGCUCAUGUGUAUACAGGCAAAGGCAACUCUGACGUGGGCACGUGUCAAAAUUCAGUUUACAGUGAGGAGGGAAUUGAUGGUGAUGGGACUGGCAGAAGCAGUGCGUGAAUGGGCAGGGCGCUGGGUGCCAGGUAACCCUUCCUAAACAGCAGCGCACCCAGCUGUGAUAUAAUGCUCAGAUAACUGAGUCCACUGAGAAGCACCAUUGUAAGAGUGAAAUUAUAGCACAGGAGGAAAUGAGCUUCCACUAAAACUCAUCUGACCUACAGUCCAUGAAUACAACUGCAGAUGACUCAGUAGCUUGUUUCAGGCUGUUGGGAGUAUGGAAUUUAGGAUGAGGACAGAACUGAAGUGACUUUAAUUAAAAAACCCACGUAUACUAGCUGCGGAUAGGAAAAUGGACUGCAUUCACAUACAGUAUGUUGCCUAUACAGGAAAAUUUCAAGAAUCAGUUGACUUAGUGCCACAAAACCUCCUGUAUUUUGCAAGCAGUUCAGAUCUGAAGCAUAUGUAAAAAUGGACAUUUCUUGGUCUUCUUCACUCAUGCCAAGGCAAAUUGGCUUUUUGUGCAGGUGGUAGAAAUUGCUAUAUGGCUACAAGUCUUCAUUCCUACCUAGGCAAAACCAUCUAGCUAAGUAGACAGCUGGCUACUGAUAAUACUCACUUCUGAGGCAAGUAUUAUUCUAAUAUCUAAGGCCUAUUAAUGCACAAAAUCAGGCCAGCAUAGUUUCUGUCAGAAAAAAGGACCUUCCCUCUUUACCCAUGACAUUUCUUAUUUUGAUACCUCUUUUUUUUUUUUCGCCAGAAAACUCCUAUAAUCGAUUUUACCUAAGGUCCAUAGGACCCUCUACAGCUGCAUGAAUGUACAGUAGAAUACUGAAUAUGAUAUUUGUUCUUUACACACGCCUAUUCCCAUAAACAGCCUGCUGUCUGAGGUCUUUAGACCAAAUGCGUCCUACACAUACAUGACACACAAGAGAGUUCCAGGACUGCAGAACCAUCAUGGAUGUGCCUGGAUAUUCAUGUGGUGUCCUGCCACUGAAGGGGACAUUUGGUCCCCUCCAAAUUGUCACUUAGCUGUCCUUGCAGGACCCAUUUGUCCUCUGUUGCCUACCCAGCCAAAGGGUCCCCUCGGGUAAUAGUGGGUCUUCGUGUAACAGGCCCGGUUGUCCAUUUGUGCACAUUCAUAUGUGUCCCCUUACGUCAUCCCUAGGAAAAUGCAAAGGCUGGCUCUUCUCAGAGCCUUGUUGAUGGUGUUUUCAUCUGUGUCAUUGCCAAGCAUUGCUGGAGCUCUGUAAACCAACAGCUGCUCACACCCCAAGCUACUCUACUGCCGGUGCUGCCCAGCCUGUAGGCUGAGGCAUUUCCCACGGGAGGUCUGUCCUGUGAACCCCCAAACUGGUCUGAAGAGCAUUGCUGAGUGGAACGUACGCAUAAAGCGUGAAAUUCUGGUGUAUAGCAAGGAGGAGAGAUGGCUAGGGGUUACCAGGGGGUCUCUGCUUUGCAGUGAGUUCCUGACGCUGGACAGGUCUUCUCUGGUGGAAGGAUGGGGUAGCUCCAUGGAGAUACUCCUCAGUGUCCUGCAGCAUGGGGGCACACAUGGGCAGGACUGAAGGAUGCUGGCGGGUGCACGGGACAGGUGGAAUUUGGGUUAUGGUCUGUGCAGGGAGCAGCAAUGCUGGACUUUAACUUGGAGAUGUGCUGCUGCCCCGCUGCUCCGUUCCUGCAGGAUGGUCGUGUUGGCUGCCACAGUGUUUUGCCUGUGGGGAAUAUGCUGUGUUUGAACAGUUGAGUGCAUGGAGGGAAUUUUUACAGACACAGAGAGCAUGCAUAUGGGCGUACAUCAGGGGGCCUGGAUGCUGAACAGCUUGCCAUUUAAAUGCACACUCGUGCAAGCUAAUCUGCUCAGUAAUGGCUAGCUGAGCGGACAGAGCUGCAUAUUCUCUGGAGAGAAGAAAGCUCUGCUCCUCAUUUCCUGACUAAAUUUCUCUAAAACAAACAUGAGAGUAGACAAGGCCUCCCCCUGGGAACACGUAUGACCUGCUCUUCACAUGUCUUUUACUUCACAUAUGAUGAUACUAACAUGUAAUUACUUCCACAUGAACCGUAUCCUUCAAUUACUGCUUUUUAAUGACAUUGCUUAUUCCAAGUGAUGCUACUCUUGUACACUCACCGGUAUCCCAUUGAGUGUUGCAAGCAGUAAUCUGCUGCUUUAUAAGCAUCCCAUGUCUUCCAACUACCUCAUCGUCCUGAAGAUGAGUUAGGAAAUCAGCUUUCCACCUCUAUUUAUGUUCUAAAUGGCAUUGUUUCAAGGAAAGGCAGUCUGGAAAGCUUUUACGAUGUCCAUCCUGUGCAAGCGAGCUACAGAGCUUCCCAUACUUACAGGGCUAUGGCUGUGAAAUACGGCUGUACACUGUUACUUGGAUAAUAGAGUAUCCAGAGCAUUUGUGGCUAUUGUGGCACAACAGCACCAGGACAAGCACUGGGAAGGUUCGACAAGACUGUGCAGACAGCGUUAGGCUAAAGCAAAUGGAUUAAUGUACUCUCAGUAUAACUCAGCGCUAAGAUCCCAUAGAGUACUGUAAUAAAAUGGUAGCAGGGCAGCCAUAAAAAGUGGCAGUAAGCUGACAUAAUAAUACCAGGAUAAAUGUAGCAAUAAGGUAACACAGGCCACUGCAGUACAGUAGCAUUUUGAUAAUGCAGCAAUAAGACACAACAGGACGCUGCAGUAAAUUAGUUUGGGGAAUAAGGCAGUAAUAAUGGUGUGUGCAGACAAAUGGUGGUACAUUUGUAUCAGGUACUGCAGCAAUAAAGAUAACACAAGGUGUCCUAGUAAUAAGUUACUACAGUAACAACAACACGAUGCACUGUAAAGUUAUAACAGGAUGCUUCCAUGCUGCAGUCAAAUCCUACAAGAGGUGGUAGCGAGACAAUGAAGACAAAAUACGCCCCAUUUCGGACUGCAAAACAUGAGUCAGUUUUCUGCACGGUAACCCAAAUUCUGGAAUGAUCUCAGCAAUAACAAUCCUGUCACUCCCCGCUUUCAAGGAAGCUGAGGCAAGAGCGUUCCCCCAUCCAGUCUAUUAUUUUGGUCUGAAAAUACAAAAUUGAGUCAUUGUCUCUUCAGUCAAAUUGUCACAGACUGUGGUGAAGUUCUUCGGUUAAUCCUCACUCAGGUGAAACCCCAGUGAUUUCGGCGAGUCCUUUGCCUUGGAAAGGAUUUGGCGCUCUCAUCUUCUGGCAUGGGUGAUGCUUUUAGCCUACAAUUAUUUCUGUUUCGGGGUGGGGGAAGGGGAACCCAGGUACAGAACGUCUGACUGUACUGGUCUGUUUCCUGAAAUGCACAAAUAAAUUGAGCAUCCUGGAAAAGUCAAA